AUGGAUUUGGUUGCAGGUGUACGCAAAGAAGGCAGCCGUGGCGGCCGCACCGAGUUCAAAUGGUCGGACGUGCAAAGCUCCACCCACCGCGAGAACUACCUGGGUCACUCGGUGAUGGCCCCGGUAGGCCGCUGGCAACAAAACCGAGAUCUGUCAUGGUAUGCGAAAGGCGACGUCGAUGAGGAGGAGGAAAGAGUGCGCAAGGAACGCGAAGAACGACAACGAGUCAAGGAUGCCGAGGAGGAAGCCAUGGCCAUUGCGCUCGGACUACCAGUCCCAUCAAAGGGCGAAGCAAACGCGAAUAUGAUGCCGCUAGGAGGGGCAAACAGGAUGGUAGAGAAGCAGGAAGAUAACAGCACGCCGGAUGGCGAGAAACCACAAAGAGAAUCACGGGGAAGUCGACGUCACGGACGCAGCCGGAGUCCACGCCGGGACAGACGGCGCGAGCGCAGUGAUGAUCGUGGCCGUGAUCGUGAUGGAGAGGGACGACACCGCAGACAUCAUCACCGUGAUGAUCGGGACCGAGAUCGGGACCGCGACCGUGGUCGCCAUCAAAAUGGCCGCAGCAAUCGGCACCGCUCUCGAUCGCCAUCUCGAUCUGCUGGCAGGGAUCAUCAUCGCGAGAAGAGACGAGCAUCUCCGCGGCCUCGGAGUCGAGAUGGAUACAGGGAUGAGCAGAGUACUAGGUCUCGUCAGCGCAGCUAUUCACCCGACCGCAGACGUGAUCACGAGCGACGCAGAGAUCGCAAUACCUCCGACCGGCGACAUUGA